AUGUCAACGCAAAUGCCAACGCAAAUGCCGAGAGUGCGGGAGAAUUCAGUGGUAGAAGACCAGGAUUCGGCGGACUUGGUUUCCAGAAAGAAGGAGAAUUCAGAGAACCAGUUCCACAUGGUGAAUUCGAAGGUGGAAGACCAGGCGGAUUUGGGGGACAUGGUGGAUUCGGAGGAGAAGGUGGAAGACCAGGUGGAAGACCAGGUGGAGGAUUCGGUGGCAACUCCGAAGCCACUGCCAAUGCUGUCGCCAACUCUGAAGGAGGAUUUGGGGGACAAGGUGGAUUCGGAGGACCAGGUGGAAGACCAGGUGGAGGAUUCGGUGGCAACUCCGAAGCCACUGCCAAUGCUGUCGCCAACUCUGAAGGAGGAUUUGGGGGACAAGGUGGAUUCGGAGGACCAGGUGGAAGACCAGGUGGAGGAUUCGGUGGCAACUCCGAAGCCACUGCCAAUGCUGUCGCCAACUCCGAAGGAGGAUUUGGGGGACAAGGUGGAUUCGGAGGACCAGGUGGAAGACCAGGUGGAGGAUUCGGUGGCAACUCCGAAGCCAUUGCCAAUGCUGUCGCCAACUCUCAAGGAGGAUUUGGUGGUAAUGCCAAUGCCAACGCUAAUGCCAACGCCAACACCCGAGGUGGCAUUGCUAGUGCUAGCGCCGUCUCCAACGCCGGCAAAUAAGCAACUGGAUCCGAAUUUCUUCACUGAUUAGUUUUUUAAUAUUUAUAUAAAUAAAAAAAAACACAAAAC